AUGUGGAGGUCAAUGCUAGCUAGCAGAGCUAGAGCUUGUCUCAGCAUUCGUUCAGGUACUCCACUGUUUCAAUCCAUUCAAAAUCAUACCCCGCAGUUAACAUCCUAUCGACCUCAGUCCUUCGGAUGUUCAUUCCCCCUCUGCCAAAACCCUAGUUUUUUUUCUCACGAUUCAGCUGAUAGUGUUCGCAUUGAUGAUGUGGCUGGAUCUUGCAUUGACUCCCCAAUUUCUCAAAUUAAUAAUGAAGCCAUUGAGGCUUUGGAUGGAAACCAGUCUCCUUCAGGUACAUCACAACUUGAUGAUGAACCUUCUUCAGAAUUCGCUUCUGAGGGGACUUCCAUUGAUGCCUCAAUGAUGGAGGGUUUUCCCUCCGGUGAUGAUAACUAUCUUGAAGAAGACCAAAUGCGUCAGGUCGACUUUGAGCAGUUACAGAGUGUUUUGUCUCUGCUUCAGAGUAGUACUCCCGCAGAUGUGUCUCUGGAACCGAGCCUUGACGACAUGGAUCUUACUUUAAAUGAAGAGUUUGUGGUAAGGGUUCUUGAAACACCACUUGUUCCUGGUGACAAUUUAAUUGGCUUUUUCAGAUGGGCCUCAAAUAAGCAGGAUUUUUCUGCAACAACGCGGAGUGUGGAGGCUCUUGCUAGGGCAGUUUCUAGUGGUCUCAAGAUUAAAGAAGCAUACGCAUUUUGGAAUUUGAUCCAGGAGAUUGGACAGGAGAAUGGUAUUCUGAACACGGCGAUUCUCAAUGAGUUGAUAUCUUUAUUAUCCAAGUUGGGUAAAGGUAAAGCUGCAUUUGAAGUUUUUAACAAGUUCGAGGAAUUCGGAUGCGUGGCGGAUUCUGAAACCUAUUAUUUUACGAUUGAAGCCCUCUGUAGGCGUUCAAUCUUUGACUGGGCAUGGUCUGUUUGUGAGAAGAUGAUUGAUAGUGGAAAAUUGCCUGGCAGGGAACAAGUUGGGAAGGUUAUAUCUUAUUUGUGCAAAGGUGGCAAGGCUAAGGAUUCUUAUUUGGUUUAUUUGUCUGCAAAGGAGAAAGGACAAUACCCACCUCGAUCUUCUGUUAAUUAUUUAAUUAGCUCCCUAAGUCGAAAUGAAAAUGUUCAUGUAGCUUUGGAGAUGUUGAAAGACUUCUCUGAAGAAGACAAAAAGUAUGCAAUUAAUCCAUUUUCUUCUGUUAUUCGCGGGUUGUGUAGAAUCAGAGAUGUUCAAGGAGCAAAGAGUUUGCUGUAUAAGAUGGUAGAUGCAGGUCCACCUCCUGGAAAUGCUGUCUUCAAUUUUGUCAUCAACAGUCUCUCCAAGGCUGGAGACUUGGAUGAGGCUAGGCAACUUAUGAAGCUGAUGGAGAUUAGGGGUCUGAAACCAGAUGUAUACACUUACAGCGUCAUUAUCAGUGGCUAUGUUAAGGGGGGAGACAUGCAAGAAGCUUGCAAAGUUCUGGAUGAAGCCAAAAGUAAGCACUCUAAGUUGAGUCCUGUUACUUAUCACACACUUAUUCGUGGAUAUUGCAAGCUUGAAGAAUUUGACAAGGCACUGAAGUUAUUGGGUGAGAUGAGGGAGCAUGGGGUUGAUCCCAAUGCUGACGAGUACAAUAAGCUUAUCCAAUCUCUUUGCCUGAAGGCUGUAGAUUGGAAAACCGCGGAGAAAUUGCAUAGGGAGAUGGAAGAAAAUGGCUUGCAUCUUAAUGGAUAA